UUUCCAUACGUCUUCGUUCUCUUACCCGCGUCUUUCCUUAUCUUCACAUCCGACCGUUCAAUGCCUCUCUCCUCUCUCCAUCCGACGCUUGAGAACUCUCCACGUCAUACUCCUUCCUCCCUUCUCCCCAUCCUAUAUAUACGACCCUUUCCUCGUCCCUCUCGUUCUCGUUGUCGUUCUCGUUCUAGGGUUUUCUGGUUUCUCUUGCUAUUUCAUGGCGAUUGUGAGGAGUGAUCGGGUUGAUGUUUCGAGAUUGGAUUCCUUUGGUCUGAUGUCUGAUGAUGCGGGGACGAGUGGCUCGGAGGAUUGUGAUGUCUCGGAGCUUGGAGAAGUUGGGACGGAGCUCUGUCAGGUUGGAGACCAAGGGUUCAACAUCCCGUUUGAGCUCUGCGAUCUUGAGGAUUUGGGUUCUGUGCUCUCCGUUGAGACUUGGAACGAUUGCCUCUCCGAGGAGGAGAGGUUCCGGCUUGCGGAGUUUUUACCGGAUAUGGAGCAGGAGACGCUCUGGCAAACCCUAGCGGAGCUUUUUGAAGGUAAAGAUUUUCACUUUGGUAGCCCGAUGGCGAGUUUCUUUUUUUGUUUGAAAAGUGGGGGUUUUGAGCCAAAGGUCGAGGUUUAUCAUCGCGGGCUUAUCGCCUUUCAGAGGCGACAACAUUAUUUUUUAUUGAAGGAUUAUCAGGAUUCCAUGGUGAAGCGUCUUGUUGACAUGAGGGAUGUUUGGGAACAAUAUGAAGCAUAUGCCAUUGAAGACAGAGUGCGGCUUUUGAAUUCUGUGUGCAAUCAGAGGCGUUUGAAUGGUGCUGUGGAUUUGAAAAAGGGUUUCUUGAAGCAGAGGGUCAAGAAAAGGUCAAUGAAAACAGCAAGGGGUGAUAGUCCCAAGUGCUAUGAACUCGGUUUUGACGUAAAUGCUAAGCAACGCAAGUUGCUAAUGGGUAGUCAUUGGUUGAGUUUGGAUCAGAUAGAUGGUGGUGGUAGUGAUUCAGAGGAUCUGGAUUACAAAGCUGGCAUGUAUGGAGUUCAGAGCACGUCUCGUGACAGUGCAAUUGUUAGGCCCAAGCGGAGCAAAUCGGGAAAGAAGGAAGAGUUUUUGAGACAUUAUGAUGCACCUAUGCGGCUUGGGAUUCAUUAUGAAGAUCACGAAGGCUAUGCUCAGUUGGCUCAUUAUCAUGGUGGCAGCAAGAAGCAUAGGGAUGUUACUGUAGCAUCUUAUGAUGAUGAACUCCUUUACAAAAGGAAGAGGGUUAAGCAUAGUGAGAAUGCUCAGGUGUACUCUGGUGGAGAAGUGGUUUCUGUGGAGCAUCCAAUUAAAUUUGCUGACUUGAACAUUAGAAGCCAGAAACCCAUGGGAGAUGAAGAAUUUGGCAAUCACCAAAGAAGAAUUGGUUCUCAUUCAGCUCUUGCAUAUGGUACAACACCUCAAAUACAGAUGGCUGACUUAUAUUCCUAUCCUGAUCAUCAGAGGUCAAAAACAUCUCAGGAGCAGUGCAGAAGUAAACUUGCUCGAAAGUGGGAGAUGCCCCAGAUGCGCAUGGAUUACUCAAGAAACAGUAGUUUGUUUGAUCAGCAAGAGGAUGUUCAAUAUGGUGUAUCUGAUCUGGCUGGAGAAAAUAAACAUGUUAAUCUUCUUGUGGACCAAUAUGCAUAUUCAAGCGAGAAAAUGGAGGAGGGCCAUUUGGUUGGUAGAAUGACGUGUGAUCCUAGAAAGGCUGACAAACUCAUGAAGAAAAACAAGAAGUUGAAUAGAGGCAGCAGCAAACAUGCACCAGAUGCAGGACCCUAUUUUGCUGAAAGCAGGCAUCAAAAAGGUGAGAAGCAUAACCAUUGUUACCAGAGUAAAUCCAAAUCUAGAGGCAGAUCUUUUCUUCUCAGCAGAAAAUUGGGUACACUGCCAUCAGACAUUUACACCCCAGAGAUAAAAUGGAAGGCUACAACUGAAUCAGAUCAUCCUUGGUCAGUAUUGGACAAUGAGAAGGGUAGCUUGAAUGCAGGAACUCAUAAUUACAUGCCAUAUGCUCAAUCCCGUGUGGCUAGUCACCGUGUGAGGUCAAGUAUGCCACUUGCUGUCUGCAAUUCUACAAGGAAAGAGGAAAAGGUUAACUUACAUAGUAUUUGUCCAAAUGAGCUAAAUGAAUCUGUUCAUUUCCAAUCUACUUCGAAUGAUGAAGCCGAGCAGAAUUUUUUGAAAGAUGAUGGUAAAAGGAAAAUGGACUCCGGAUUUGUUUCUUUGGCUGCUAUGACUCCUCCAUUGGUUACUUCAGAUAAAGAGGCAAUGGAAACACAGGCUGAAUUAGGGUCAGAAAACAUGCCCUUUACUCUAAUCACCCCUACAGUUUACAACUGCUUUUCAUUCUCCAUCAUACACCUCCUUUCAGCUGUUCAAAGGGCGCUGAUUGCUGACACGAAAGAUGAAUUGGAGUUUUGCGUUCCUCUGCAGAACAAUGAUAGCCCAAUCCAUCCUCAAAGAAACAUUACUGUCAAUACUCCAGACAAUUUAGUACUAAAGAGUCUACCUGUUCUAAAUGUCUCAGAGAUUGUCAGUCGAGUUAAAUCAGAUCCAGGGGAUCCUUGUAUUCUUGAGACACAAGAACCUCUUCAAGAAUUGGUCAGAGGAGUGCUGAAGAUAUUUUCGUCAAAGACAGCACCAUUAGGUGCAGAGGAUUGGAAGGCACUUGUAUCAUAUGAGAAGUCAAAUAGAAGCUGGUCCUGGGUUGGUCCGCUGCCUUCGAUUUUGUCUGACGAGGAAAGUGAUGAAGAGAGAACUUCUUCAGAGGCAUGGGGCAUUCCUCAUAAGCUGCUUGUGAAGUUAGUUGAUGCAUUUGCUAAUUGGCUUAAAAGUGUCCAAGAUACACUUCAGCAAAUAGGAUGCCUUCAAUCCCUGCCCUUAUCUAUGUUUCCGACUUUGGAUGAGAAGGAACGAUUCAGAGACCUUAAAUCUCACAAGAAUCCAAAUACCAUCAGCCCCAGCUCUAGUGAAGUAAGGGCACAUUUUCAGAGAGAGGAAGUUUUAAGAUAUUCAGUUUCAGAUAGGGCCUUUUUCUACACUGCUGCUGAUGGAAAAAAGUCUAGUGUUGCUCCUUUAAAAAAUGGUGGCAGCAAGCCAAAUUCAAGAGCCCGUGAACAUUUCAUGCUUAAAGUUGAUCGACCAGCACAUGUUUCUAUACUAUGUCUUGUAAGAGAUGCAGCUGCCAGGCUUCCUGGAAGUAUUGGUACCAGAGCUGAUAUUUCUACAUUAUUAAGAGACUCAAAGUACAUUGUUGAUGAUGUCUCUGAUUCACAAAUUAACCAAGUUGUCAGUGGGGCCUUAGAUAGAUUACAUUCUCAACGGGAUCCUUGUGUUCAGUUUGAUAAUGAACGGAAAUUGUGGGUUUAUCUGCACAGGGAGAGGGAGGAGGAAGAUUUUGAGGAUGAUGGCACCUCCUCGACAAAGAAGUGGAAAAGGCCUAAGAAAAACCUUCCUGGAAAUUCUUACCCAGAAGCAAUAAAUGAUUACGACAACCAUGCCACUCGAAAUCCAACCUCAAGUGGUUCUCCGGGAGAUUUCAUUUGAAUCCUGAUCUCAAUUAUGAUACUUUUAAGUGUCUGGUGGCCAGUCAAACUUUAUACUGUAAUUUUAUCAUAUACAGUGCAUUGUCAUCAACAUGUACAGUUAGCUGAUUCACUGUUGAAGCCCAAAAAAGUAAAUUGAUGAAUUCUUUUACCUCUUAGUGACUCCUUCUCGCAUUACGAAUUUUUACACUUUUUCCUUUUAUUUUUAUUGAUUUUUUAGGGAAACUAUCAAUUUUUUGUGUACUGAAUAGUAAUGCUAUUACAUGCAUUUGUGCAAGAGAAUAAGCUUUGUCUAGUGGAUUGGAGUAUAUAUUUAGCAAAUAAUAGUUAAUUUGUGCUGAUUUCUUUGUCAA